ACCUAAUCACUUCCUUUGCACUUGAAUAAUUUUUUAACAUGUGACAGCGUUUUUUUAAUAACUGUUAUCAGAAGUGUUGAUAACAGAAUGCCACAAACAAAAAGUACAGAGUUCGCAGAUUAUUGUUUUCGUUCAGUCGAUCUUGUUAAACAAGUCCAUGACCAUCAUUGGUGGUAACUGGCUGGUCGGAAUUUUAAGUUGACCGCACAAAUUACUCGUAUUUAGAUCAGUUGCAUUCGUCCUCACAGUUGAGAACCCGCUAAGCCAUGACGGAAACGUACAAUAAAAUCGAGGAGAAAAUACGGAGAUUUGUCGAUAAGUCGUUCAAAAACCGUUUGGAAAAUUACACCCUGGAACUAUCGCGAGGGGCAGAAGAUGGAGUGAAUUGGUUAGGUACAAUGCAUAGGGUUGCAAUUAAAGGAUCCAAAGAAAGCGGCGAGAAGGUUCAGUUUAAUCUAAUCGUGAAAUUCGCACCUUGCCAGCCACUUUUUCGAGGAGUACUCCCCAUUAGAAACGUUUACGAUCGUGAGAUUUACGUGUACAACAAAAUUAUACCCGAAUACCUUAAAAUUCAAGAGGAGAAGGGAGUGGAAGACAUGUUUAAUCCUUUCGCGGUAAGUUACGCGAGUACAAUGGACGACGGCGUAGAGGCACUUCUAAUGGAGGACAUGAAGGUGAGGGGCUUUCACAACUGUGACCAUCAAAUGGGGGUGAACUACAAUCACGCGUCUAUUAUCAUGAGGUCUCUUGGCAAGUUCCACGCGUUAUCCUACGCUGUGAAGAAUGAAAAACCUGAAAUCUUCGCCGACUGGAGAGACGCGUGCCCAGAGUCAUUCUUCAACAGCACUUUGUACGAGCCCAUCAUUAGUAUGGUGCAAAGCCUGAGCGCGGCAAUUCUGAAAACGUACGGAGACGAUGAGGCUAAAACUCGGGACAUAUUUCGACGUUCGACCAAGAACAUUCCCGCAAUUUUUAAAGGUCUGCUAGAUCUGGAUCAAUUCGGAAAGUACCUCUCUAUCAGUUACGGCGAUUACCAAUUCAGAAACUUCCUCUUCAAGUACGAGAAUUCUGCGGACCCACACCAACCAACAGACAUAUGCAUGCUCGAUUUCCAAUGCCUCAAAUUGGGAACGCCGGCGUACGACAUCUCCUACUUUAUCGGCACAUGCACCGACGGUGAGCUGAGACAGGCUCACUACCACCAACUGAUACGCGAGUACUACGAAUCGUUUUCGUCGUUCUUAUCGCGUCUUGGAAGCGAUCCCGAAGUUGUGUUUCCGUACGACGUUCUCUUGGAUCACUUGAGACGAUUUUCAGUAUUCGGGAUGUACAUCGGCAUCUGGCUUGUCGCGCUUGACCAGAAACCAACCGACAAUCUCCCGGAUCUGCACAACUCCGCCGAUAUGGAGUCGUUGGUGCACAAUCUUUCGGUCGUUCCCAAUGAGACUUACAUACGGCGAAUGCGCGAUUUAAUUUCUGAUUAUAUUCAGUAUGGUUAUAACUUGUAAAUUUUGAUCGUGGAUGAGUGGUCUAACUGAAAACCUACCUCAUGAAACCAAUCGUGCAGUUAUUAUUAAUCGGUUUGAAGGUCUGUGAGGAAUACAUGACCCAUAAUGUUAGUGAAUGUCGACGGGAAUUGUAUUGAAUUACAGACCUUCACUCAUUUUCAAAAGGGCUUUAGGGUUUACUCAGAGAAGUUUAAUGUUAACUUUUUAGUAAUACCAUAACAUUAUGUGUUUGUUUCAUUGAGCCUCUGUAAAAUGCUUCAUCUAAUCAUCUAACCGUGUGGUGCUUAUUAUGGGGUAAGAUGUAGGAUAGCAUGACUACAAAAAUUAAUAAAAAAUACUGAAGUUAUA